AGCGCGCUGUUUAAAAAAUACAGCGCGUACAGUUUAUUGUAUAGCAGCAAGCUAACUUGUAAAGUACGCUAUGGGUUCCCUUUCACUAAUACAACUUUGGAAUAUGGUGGAAAUCUUUAAGAAAACUUAUACGUCUCUGUAAGGAGUUUCCAACGUGUAGAGGCACCAUGGCCGCGCAGGACAGCAGCCGUGUUUUCCUCCUGGAAGAGGAGAUCCGGAGCCUCACUGAGGAGCUGGUGCAGUGUCAGGCCGACAAAGACUUUGUGUGGUCUUUGUGGAAACGGCUCCAAGUCGCCAACCCAGAGCUGACGGAGGCGGUGAGCUUGGUGGUAGAGAGGGAAAAACAAAAAGCAGAAAUGAAAUACCAGAAAGUCCUGCACAUCCUUCAGGUGAAAGAUGCCAAGAUACUGCAGCUGGAGGAGCAAGCGAGCCGCCAGCAGCGGAUGAUCGACGACAUCGCCCAGAGGAAGGUAUCCGCGGACCAGGAACUGGGCGAGAUCCGUGGGAAGCUGAGAGAGGCGAGCCAGGAGCUCAAGGAGCUGAAGGAGAAGCGGGAUAAGGGCGACGAGGAGCAGCGGCGCACCAUCAGGCUCCUGGAGGAGGCGAGGGGGGGUCUGGACACGCGCUGCUCCGAGCUCUCGGCCAACCUGGAGAGGCUGCGGCAAGAAGCAGCCCGGCGAGAGGCGGAGAAGUGUAGUGUGGAGUCCCAAGUCCAGAGUGUAGAGCAUGACCUCAGUGAGGCCAAGCUGCAGGCCGCAGACGCGCGGAGCCGUUGUGCAGAGCUGGCAGUGCGGCUCUCUGUUAGAGAUGACGACCUGGAGGAGAGAGAACGGCGCCUCCUAGGGCUCGGGCGGGAGUUGCAGGAGGCGCAGGAGCUGUACCGGCAGAGCGAGGCGCAUGCCGCUGAGCAGGCCCAGCUCAUCACACAGCUGGAGGGGCUCCACCGCGAUGCCCAGCGGCUGCUGAGGAGCCAGGAGGAGGCGCACGCCACCGAGAGCGCCGCCCAGCGCAAGCUGUACGCCGAGCUGAGCUCCUGCUUCGAGGCGCUGAAGGCCAGCGAGGCGCAGCUGCGGCAGAACCACGCCUCCUCAGCCGCGCAGCUGCACCGCAGGGAGCAGGCGAUCCGGCAGCUGCAGGCCCGGCUCUCUGCCGCCUACGGGGGCCCCACCCGGCAGACCAACUCCCAGCUCCUCCAGGAACCGCCAAAGGAUCCACCAGCCCCCAGCAACCCAAUGUCGUCCGCCAGCCCCAUUCGGAACCAGGACACACGGCCCCUCCCGCAGAGACGCGAGGAUGCACCUGUGCAGCGUUCCAGGCCCCUGUCCCCGGCGAGCCAGCAUUCCGUGCGAAGGGUCAAUCUGGAGUGCCGGAUGCAGGACCUGGAGGAACUGCUAAGGUUGAAGACGGAGGAGAACGAGGAGCUGCGCAGAGCGCACGGCAAACGGCAGCAGCGCCUCCGUCUGGUGAAGGAGCGGCUGCGGGAGGCGGAGGAGGGAUCCCAGGGCUGGUCCCCGAGGAGGACCCAGCGGCCUGACCCGCGGAAGCUCCGUCAGGAGGACACCGAUGCUGUAUGGAAGGAGUUGGCCUUCUUCCGGCACCAAAACCAGUAUCUCCUGAACGAGAAGGCCGAGUUGGAGGAGACACUGGACCUGCUCCGGGUGCAGUCGGCCGCGGACCGGACCUCCCUGCAGGAGCUGCGCCUCCGUCUGCACCAGGCGCACCAAGAGGGGGACGGACAGGUCACUGGGUUCGAGGACGACAGUGCCAGCGCCCACUCGGGGAACUCGGCAGAGAGAGAGGUGGAACACUCGUUAAAAAAGGUGGAGCAGCUGGAGAGGAAGCUGGAGACACUGGAGAGGGAGGCGGCGCGGCUGGGCGAGGCCAACCAGGAGCUGGUGGAGGCCAAGCGGGGGCUGGAGGAGGCCAACUGGGAGCUGGAGGAGGCCAAGCGGGGGCUGGAGGAGGCCAACCGGUCUCUGCAGGAGUCUGUGGCCCGUGCGCAGAUGCAGGGUGUGGCGCGGCUGGAAGCAGCCCAGGCUCACAGCCUCGCCGAGCGGCAGCUUCUGGGGGCCCGUGUCCGCCAGCUGGAAGAGGAAGUGAGCGCCUCCCGCAGGCGACAGGGACAGGCGCGGCGCGAGCGAGGCCGGGCGCGGCAGCAGCUGCUGGGGCUCCGGCGGGAGCUGGGCGUCCUGAGGGUGGCGCUGGCCCGCCGGGGGAGGGCGGGGGCAGCCUGGCCCCGGGGGGGCCCUGUACCCCUGGCCCCCACGGAGGGGGAGAGCAAGGAUGGCUGGGAAGACACGAACGCAGACAGUGACACGGAGGAGAAGUACUCAGAUAGCCUGGACAACACCCAGCCCCCCACGCGGCAGAGGAAGCACCCCAGCUACACCUACUCCACCACCGAGGAUCCCGACAGGAACCGGACCAGCAAGCGGGCAGGAGGGGAACCACCCCAGCGGAAGAGCAGGAGGGCCCGGGGGCAGCCGGGAUCAUCCGGGCCGGCACUCCGGCGUCGCGUCCUUUCGCUGCAGCAGCAGGUCGCCACCCUGCUGGCCGGGCGGAGAGCAGCGCAGAUGUCCGCGCGGGAGCUGAGGGAGGCCAACGAGAAGAUGACGUCGCAGCUGCAGUCGCUCACGCAGAGGGUGCAGGUCGGCAAGCAGGCAGUGCAGAAGUUGACCGCUGACCUGGCAGCCCUAGAGAAGCAGAAGGCAUCCUUGGAGCAGGCGCUGCAGCAGUCAAGGCAGCUACAGGCCCCCAGCCUGCAGCCCCCUGGCCCUGUGGAGAAGACCCUGGAGGCGGAAGUGAAGCAGCUUCAGACGAGGCUCAAGAGCUCGUGUUCCGAAGUGGCCAAGCUCAGCUCAGCCAAUCGGGCACUGAGGGCGGAGCUUCAGGAGAAGGAUGAGCGAACGAAGGAGCUCCAAGAGAAGAUUUUACACCUAGAGCGAGACGUCAGCAUGAAGAAACAGCUGGUGGAGGACCUGAGGACCAGGAUGAAGAUCCUGCAGGAUAGCGAGAGGAGUCGCAAGGAGAUCGUGGAGGACCUGGAGAGGAGAGUGAAGACGCAAUCCGAUGAGGCCACCAACAGGAAGGCGUUCGUUGACUCCCUGAAGCGGCGGCUCAGCGUGGCCACCAAAGAAAAGAGCGAGUAUGAACUGUCCAAUCAGAAGCUCCGCGCAGACCUGGACAGGAAGGAGCGACGGGCGGAGGCCCUGCAGGCGCAGCUGGCGGAGCGCGAGCGGGCCCUGGCCGAGCUGGAGGAGGCGGCAGGGAGCCACAUGCGUGGGCUGGCCAAGCAGAGCACCGAGGCCCUGGAGGGGCUGCAGAGGGAGCUGGGCCUGGCCCAUGCGCAGCUGGAGCAGCUCUGCAUCUUCGUCAAGACGCUGGCAAGUGAAAUCCAGAAGGAUGUCCAGGACGUGAAGUCUCAGCUGCGCGAUGCGAGGAGGAGGAGGAGGAGGAGGAGGAAGGGUCUGAGCGGGAGCAGACCGGCGCUGAUCCGAGCGCGCUCCAUCGCCGCCAACAUCCUCAACGUGUCCGGCGCAGACCUGGAGGACAUCUUGGACACGGACGAGGAGGACAGUGACGAAGUCAGAAGGGACAUGAAGAGAGAGCAGGACUGGCUAGAACACGUCACUAAGAUCCUUCAGCAUCAGAUCCCUUCCGCGGCCCUCCUAAUGGACGCCGUGCUCGCCAAGAUGAAGGAGCAGAAAGUGCUGACAGAAGAGCUGGGUUCUCUGAAGGAAGGCGUCAGCGGAUCUGCCUGACAGUGGGCGGGCGCGGGCCCCCGUCCACCCCCUCCUCGCCGCACACCGAUUUCUGUGAGGGCGCCCUGCACGUCGCCGCAGCAGAGGGAGGCCGUAAAUGAGCUCUGCCCCGCGCGCCCGCCUGGCCCCCGCUGUGCCGCGCGUUAGCCAUGCGCUAAAUUGGCGAUUCGGCACCGGCAGUCCCGGCCUCGCACUGUGGACUGAGCGCUCAGCUGAAUUCGAAGGGUUUCGCUUUUUAACUCUUUAUUUGUUAAUAAAACAUCUGAAAAGGGAGAAAUGUUAAAAUGCGUAGUAUGUUUUGUGCUAUUUAAUACAUUUUAGUUAAAAUGCAGCAUGUCACACCUUAAUUUUCUUAUUUAUUUAAAUAAGAUCUUAUUUUUAUGCAUGUCAUUGCUUUGUUUUUUUUUCUGAUUUUAAAACCUCAGUGGUCAUUUUUACACAUUUCUUAUCAGUAAUCGGACCUCAGAUUCAUCUAAUAACUUGAAAAAUGUCAUUUUUGAUACAUUAUAUUCAAAUAAACAAACUGCUUGCCCCGGAA